AUGCUCCGCUCUGUUGCUCGUCGAGUUCCUCGUCGCGUUCCUGGACCAUCUACAACUUCUGGCUGCUUGUCUCGCACAGCAGUCCGGACCUUCACAGUCGGCUAUCCUCGGAUGGCUUCGUCCCUCCGCCCUGUUGAGCCGCCAGUGUCGACCACACUGCCAUCGGACUCGUUUCAAUUGCUGUCGACAGCGGACAAGGCAGGAGAAGCUGAGGAUGCUCUUUUCGAGCAGCAGGUGAAGGAUGUGGAAGCCUGGUGGAAGACCCCUCGGUUCGAGGGAAUCAAGCGGCCGUAUAGUGCGGCGGAUGUUGUGAGCAAGCGGGGGUCUCUACAGCAGACAUAUCCAAGUUCAAUAAUGGCACGGAAGCUCUUUAACCUGCUCAAUGAGAGGGCGGCGCAGGGGCUGCCUGUCCAUACCAUGGGCGCCAUCGACCCGGUACAGAUGACCCAGCAAGCUCCAAACCAGGAAAUUCUAUACGUUUCCGGGUGGGCAUGCUCGUCUCUAUUGACAACUACCAAUGAAGUCUCCGCAGACUUUGGUGAUUACCCAUACAACACCGUGCCAAACCAGGUUCAGAGACUCUUCAAAGCCCAGCAAUUGCACGACCGCAAGCACUUCGACGCGCGCCGGAAGCUGACUCCAGAGGAACGUAAAUCGACGCCUUACAUUGACUACCUGAGGCCGAUUGUGGCUGACGGCGAUACUGGUCACGGAGGACUUUCAGCCGUCCUGAAACUCGCCAAGCUCUUUGCUGAAAAUGGAGCUGCAGCGGUCCAUUUCGAAGAUCAGCUGCAUGGGGGGAAGAAAUGCGGACAUCUCGCAGGAAAGGUCCUGGUUCCUGUGGGCGAACAUAUCAACCGCCUGGUAGCUGCUCGUUUCCAAUGGGACAUGAUGGGAACCGAGAACCUGCUGAUCGCGCGAACGGACUCUGAGAGCGGCAAGCUCAUCAGUAGCGCUAUCGACGUUCGUGACCAUGAGUUCAUUCUUGGUGUUACGGAGGAGACUGAGCCUCUGGCCGAGACCCUUCAGGCAAUGGAGCGUGAAGGUGCUUCCUCGGCCGAAAUCGAUGCUUACGAGCUGGAUUGGGUGAAGAGACACAAGCUGGUAACGUUCGAUGAAGCUGUCGACCUGCAUCUGGAGAAGGAGGGAGCGUCGCAGUCUGUCCGAGACGCCUACAAGGCCAAGGUCCGCGAGACCCCUGAUCUCGCCCUUUCGCGUCGUCGGGAGCUGGCAAACGACUUUACCAAAAGCCCCGUUGUGUGGUCGUGGGACGUUCCCCGAACCAGAGAAGGGUUCUACCAUUACCGCGCAGGAUUCCCCGCUGCGACGAAGCGAGCCAAGGAGUUCGCUCCGUAUGCGGAUCUCCUAUGGGUUGAGACCGGUGACCCCAAUGUCGAGAAAGCCGCGGGACUUGCUGGAGAGGUUCGAAGCGCGUUCCCCGGCAAGAAAUUGGUGUACAACCUCAGUCCGUCUUUCAACUGGAUGGGCCAAGGAUUUGAUGAGCAGAGUCUUAAGUCCUUCGUCUGGGAUCUUGCCAAGCAUGGCUUUGUGCUUCAACUUAUCUCGCUCGCCGGUCUCCACUCCAAUGCCACAAUCACCACGGAACUGUCGCGUGCCUUCAAGGAUGAAGGCAUGCUGGCAUAUGUGCGAUUGAUCCAGUCCCGUGAGAAGGAGCUGAAGGUCGAUGUCCUCACGCACCAGAAGUGGAGUGGUGCUCCCUACAUGGACGGCAUCCUCGGGGCGAUUCAGAGCGGCAGCAGCAGCAACAGGAGUAUGGGAGAAGGAAACACGGAGAAAGAAUCGCCAGCCAUGCCUACUGUCGUGUCCAAGACGCCGUCUGCGGUGCCUCCGACCAACGAGGAGGUCUCAUCGCUUCUCAAUACCAUCUUCACGGCGGAGACCUCGCAGCAGUCCCUCGAUGCCUCCUACGCUCUGACGAACCUACUCAUCCAGUCGGUCGGCAAGGCGGCCACGGAUAAGAAGAAUGGUGCUAAACGCGAGGGUGCUAUGCUCAUCCUGGGUGCUCUGUUCGAGCGGUUCCCUCGGGAGCACCCGGCCAGCGAGGUUGUCUUCCUGAUUCAGGACGGCGGUGCUGUCGUGCGUGAGUCAGCUCAGUAUGCAAUUGACGCUCUCUUCGUCUGCCUCAAGCCCGAGUCGCUGUACCUCGGCAAGGGCAGCGGAAAAUGGCAGGGCGCUGUCGGUGCGUAUGCCAUCAUCGAGAAGAUGGCGCAGAAGGCUCAGAUGGGAACGGGUACCAAGGAGGAGGAGCGUCAGAAGGAUCUGCUCCGUGAAGCCAUGGGAAAGACUCUGAAGGAUCUCAUUCCUAUUGUCGAGUCCGGUAUGCAUGACUUGAAGGGCGAGGUCGCGAAGCAGGCGACCAAGGCAAUGAACGCCCUUACGACUCUUCUCUCCAACGACGAUGUCGCUCCCAGAAUUCCCCUCCUGAUCAAGGCUAUGGCCGAGCCAUCCGCCACUACUCUUCAGAAGGCCAUCCUGGCACUUUCCCAGACCACAUUCGUUGCAAUCGUUACCUCUCCUCGAUCCCUCAACACUCCCACGACCCCGCAGGAAGUUCUCCGCCAGACAGUCGUCGUUGUUGAGAACUUGACCAAGCUUUUGAAGCCCGGUGUCCAGGGCGUGAAAGAUCGCGCGUCCCUUCCCGAGGUUCGAGAGCUGGCUUCUAGAGCCUUGAGCGUUAUCGAGAAGGCUAUGGGCGACAGCGAUGGAAACCUGGCGACUGGUGCCAUUGCCAAGACUACCCCUGAAGAUGUUCUCAAGGUCCUUCUUGAGAAGGUCGAACAGCACGGUGGUCUGGCCCAGCAGCAGGAUGCCCCAUUCUUCGACUUGGUCAAGACCUAUGUGGCCGAGAUGGUCCGGGAGGACGUCAACUGCAGAAUGCACGACCGCAUCGUCGCCUGCAUUGGUCCAUACCUCCGUGGCCUCCUCAAGGAUGAGCAACACGAGGCUGUGGCCUCUGAAGUCCAGACCUUCUUCGUCGAGGAAGACCACCGGAAAUUCGGCAAGCCUGUCCAGGAAGACAGUGACGAGGUCGAGAUUGUCAACGCCGAUUUCUCCCUGGCUUAUGGAGGAAUGUUGCUUCUGUCUCACACCAACCUACGUCUGCUCAAGGGCCACAGAUACGGUCUGUGUGGCCGAAACGGUGCCGGAAAGUCUACCCUGAUGCGAAGUAUCGCAAAUGGUAAGCUGGAAGGCUUCCCUCCGAGGGAUGUCGUCAAGACGUGCUUUGUAGAACACAACCAGGGUGAGGACGCUGAUCUGAGUAUCCUCGAAUUCGUGGCCAAGGAUCCCGAGAUCGCUGCUGUGGGCACAGAGCACAUUUCGGAGGUUCUCAGUGAGUUCGGCUUCACCUCGGGUCCGGAGGGCAGACAGUCACAGAAAGUUGGCUCUCUUUCCGGAGGUUGGAAGAUGAAGUUGGCGCUUGCCCGCGCCAUGCUGAUGAAGGCAGACGUUUUGCUGCUGGAUGAGCCUACCAACCACUUGGAUGUUGCCAACAUCAAAUGGCUGCAGGAAUAUCUGAAGAAGCACACUGAGAUCACCAGUUUGAUUGUUUGCACGGACAUCUACCACUACGAGCAGAAGAAGUUGGUCUGCUACAAGGGUAAUCUCGCUGCUUUCGUCAAAGUCAAGCCCGAGGCUAAGAGCUACUACACACUCUCGGCUUCCAACGUGCAGUUCAAGUUCCCGCCCCCUGGUAUCUUGUCCGGUAUCAAGUCUCAGACGCGAGCGAUCCUGCGUAUGACCAACUGCUCUUAUACCUACCCGGGAGCCAGUAAGCCUUCGCUCAGUGAUGCUUCAAUUACUCUCACUCUCUCCUCUCGUACCGCUAUCAUCGGUGGUAACGGAGCUGGAAAGUCCACCUUCAUCAAGCUCCUCACGGGUGAGACCAUCCCUCAGACUGGAAAGGUGGAGAAACACCCCAACCUGCGUAUCGGUUACAUCAAGCAGCACGCUCUCGAGCACGUGGAGAUGCAUCUGGAGAAGACACCCAACCAAUAUCUCCAGUGGCGAUACGCCAAUGGUGAUGACCGUGAGGUCCUCAUGAAGCAGACUAGAAUCUUGACCGAUGAUGAGAAGGCCCAGAUGGAGAAACCUGUUGACCUGGGAGACGGUCGUGGUCCUCGCCGCAUCGAGGCGCUCAUUGGUCGACAGAAAUACAAGAAGUCGUUCCAGUACGAAGUGAAAUGGGUUGGUCUCCUACCUAAGUUCAAUACCAUGAUCUCUCGUGAAACCCUACUGGAGCUGGGCUUCGCCAAGCUCAUCCAGGAGUUCGAUGACCACGAAGCGUCGCGUGAGGGUCUUGGAUAUCGUGUCUUGGAGCCCAAGGUCAUCUCGAAGCACUUCGAAGACGUCGGUCUUGACCCGGAGAUCGCCAACCACAACCAAAUCGGUGGCCUGUCCGGUGGACAAAAAGUCAAGGUUGUCCUUGCCGGUGCCAUGUGGAACAACCCUCACUUGCUCGUUCUGGACGAGCCGACCAACUUCUUGGACCGUGAUUCCCUGGGUGGUCUGGCUGUCGCCAUUCGCGACUACAAGGGCGGUGUCGUGAUGAUUUCCCAUAACGAGGAAUUCGUUGGCGCUCUAUGCCCCGAGCAGAUCCAUAUUGCGGACGGUCGCAUCGUGUCCCGUACCAACACGGCCGUCUCUCUGGAUCGCUUCGAGGACAGCGCAGCGAGCUCGCCCAAGGGUGGCAGUACCGCUGCCAACUCUACUGCUACCAGCGCUGCCCCGUCCGCUGUCAACUCCGGCGCUGAAGAUACCGGCGACCUGAAGUUCAAGGCCAAGAAGAAGAAGAAGUUGACGCGUGCGCAGAUGAAGGAGAGAGAGACGCGUCGGAGACUGAGACACAUCGAGUGGCUGAACAGCCCGAAGGGAACACCCCACCCUCCUAACACCGACGACGAAGCCGAGUAA